AUGAAAUUAAAUAGUGCCUUCUGUGCGUUUCUGUUAGGGAGUGGUUUGCCGCUGGUCCAAGGCUUACAAUGUUCAUCUCAUGAUGUACUAAAAAAAUUUCAAUUGGAUAAAUAUGUUUCAAAGGGAACUACUAAUAAGGAGACUCCACCAAGUGAAACUACACAAACGUGGUGGGUCAAUCCAUGUACUGAACAUAAGGAUAACGUUGAAAUUCCUUCACAAUGUAAUGGUAAUGAUAUCCUUUGUGGUAUAACAGAAGUCAAAUUACCAAAUAAGGAGAAAAUGGUAACACAAAUUAUUGACUUCAAUAAAAAUGUUGCAUUUGGUGUUGAAGAAGUUGAUAGUCAAUUAACAUUAACUUUUAAGGGAGCUAGAUGGGGGUCAACUAACAUUGAUGCUAAGAUAGCGUACCAAUGUAAUAAAAAUAUGUAUGAGGAUGAAAUAACUUAUAGCAGUAUGGAAGAUAAUGUGAUUAAUUUAUCCAUUGAAGGUCCAUCUGGUUGUUUAAAGGAUAACUCUAGUAACGAUAACGACAAUAACAAUGAUAAUAAUAAUGACAAUAAGGAUAAGAACAAUAAAAAUAAAGAUUCCAGUGAAGGUGGAUUUUCAUGGUUUACAUGGUUAAUUAUAUAUGCAUUGUUGUUCACCGUGAUAUAUCUAAUGAUUGUCUCAUACAUGAACACAAGAGGUGGUUCUUUCGAUGAUUUCCGUAAUGAAUUUAUCGAACGUACCACUCAAUUUGUAACAUCAUUACCUACUUUUGGUAAAGAAGUUGCAGCAAAGAUAUUUGGAAGUACAUCAUCUUCUCAGAGAGGUGGUUACAGUGCUGUCUAG